AUGUCAAUUAACGACACGUUAUUGAUAGUGUGUUCGUGCGCAUCCCGAAAUAUACGACAAGGGACAUGCCGGAUUCAAAAAUUCCGGCAUAAAAGACUCCGCAUGGAAGAUUGUUGGCGAAACAUUGAAUGCAUCAGCGACAGAUUGUACGGCCAGGUGGCAUACUCUUCGCGAGAGAUUCGCGAAAGAAAAACGUAUUUUUGAGCAGGAGGGGAAGUCUGGAGCAGCAGCCUCAACCCGUCCAGAAUGGGCCUUAUAUAGUGUUAUGUCAUUUCUGACACCGCACAUUAGGAAGAGAAAAUCUGUGGACAAUUUUCAAACAAAGGCGUUGGUAUCUAAAACUACACCUUCACCAGAUGAAGAAAUAAUAAUAAAUGAGCAAGCUGUGGACAUUAAUAGCGCACCCUUUAUAAUUUCUACCUGUUCUACCCUCUCCUCGCCUGGCUGUAGCUCAUCAGCUGCUAAUAUGCCUUAUUUGGGACCUACAAGUCGUAAGAGGUCAAAGGUGGACGAAACAGAUGAAUUGUUCAGAGAGACUCUUACUAAUUUAAAUAAAUCUAUGGCUGUAGCCAGUGCUCCUACUCCACCACUAUCAUCACCACCUUCAAUUAAUGAUCCAGACGUCUUGAUUAGCAGAAACGUUGAAUCUUGUCUCAAGAAUUUGACAAAUAUGACGUUAAGACUUAAAUAUAGAAGGAAAUUUAGAUCUAUAAUCCAAGAUUGUGAGGAGGAGAGCAGCAUUUCUUGCACCCAUCCGUGGACCAUUAAUGAUGGCUCCAUUUUCCCCACUGACAACAUCAUGCCAUUCUCCUUCUAUCAAUUCGCCAGUUGGCAAUUCUUGAUCCACAAACGAAGGAGGGCAGUACUCCAGGUUGAGUUUCUUGUUGCCUGUCUUAAGGAUGAAAUUGUGGAGGCAAAUAUAAAUACUUUGAGAAGCUUGUGGGGCCUGCAUUUGAAUGUGCUUCCCAUCGAUGGCUCCCACACAAUGGGGAAAUUGCCAUUCUUCCCAAAAUCCAGCAGCCACCUCACGCCACUCCGCUUCAUUUGCAGGAGGCUUUACAAAUGCAUUCUUCAAAACACUUACAAGUGCUCGAGUAGUUUCAGCCAGGAUCUGAGAGAUAGUGCUCUUGCCACAUCUAUAGGAAAAGCUCAGAGUACCCUGACUGUCUCCUGCUGCCAAGAACCUUAA